AUGGAUAUUCAUGUUCUUCAAAGCCAGCCCGCCCAGAAGGUCGCGUUUAAAGACUCUUCCACGGUUCGUGUGGAUUUGGUCCGCAGCGGGUUCCAGCCGCGCCUUCCGACUUCGCUGCCGCCCCCAGGGCGGCAGCAGCAGCAGCAGCCGUCGCCGCUACCACGCCGACAGCCCGUCCCGUUGAUGCCUCCCGCGCAGCUUCAUCCGGGAGCGCCCCAGGUGGUCGCUCCGGCGCCUGCGGUCCCUCUUCAGUCGCCACCGCCUUCGGAGCUGAUGGACGUCGACCCCUCAGCCGGGCCGCCUUCCCAAGCGGUGGCUAUGCAGCCUGUCCUGCAGCCGCUUUCCUUGGGCACCCCCAAGGACUCUGACACCGCAGCGCCUUGUCCGGCGCCCACUCAGCAGCCGUCGACGCAGCGUCAGGAGACGCUGCCUCUCUUCGUGGGUCCCGACGCCCCGUCGCGUCCAGUACCAGAACCUACUGGUUUCACACGUGGUCAGAUACUGUGCACCACUAUGACGCUGAUAUACUGCUAUAGAAUCUACCACAGUGAAAAAGAAUAA